GAAAACACUGUUUUUUUUCUGAGCGGCCGUGUUUUUUGGUUGUAGCGGCAACAAUUUCUUAUUUUAUUGAAAAUUUAAUAAAUUACAGUAUAAAUUGAAUUCUCCGUUGUGAUUUGUGUGUGUAUAGUUUUGUUAGUUAAGUUUUAAAAACUAAAAGCUACGUUAUCAGGUAUUCAAGAUGCAAACUAGCAAGAGUGAUAAUGAAAUGUUGGAGUUCCUCGGGUAUCCACUAGCUGAAGACGUAGACCUGGACCUGUCAAGCAUAUCACCGUCCCUGCUACACAGUGACGAUGCGCUGCAAAACGGUCCACCGGGUCUGGCGGUGGCCAACAUCCUGACCCUGCACGGAGGCGAGGAGGUCCACCUGGAAGCUGGCCAGCACCAGCUGCUGCCGGUGAUGCUGCCGCAGUUCGGGCCCCCGGCACGAGAUGACUUCCACGGGGAGUACAAGUUUGAGGUCCAAGUGAGCUCCAGUGACACGCAUCAGAAGAAGUAUUUGUACUCGGCGAAACUAAACCGCAUCUACGUGGACAUCGAGCAGAACUUCCCCGUGCAGUUCGUGUGGGAGCGCGCGCCGCGGCCGCUGUUUGUGCGAGCCACGGUGGUGUUCAGCGACCACGCGCAGGCCGAGAAGCGAGUCGAGAGGUGUCUGCAGCACCGGCAUAGGCGGAACAACGGAGUGGAGCCAGCAGAACUAGGCGCGCACGUGCUGCGCUCCGCCCGCGACUACUCGCACGGCGUGCACUACGUGGGCGACGACGCACGCGCCGACUCGUGGCUGUCCGUGCUGGCCGCCGUGUCGGGCGCGGGCGCGGCGGGCGGCGCGUGCUAUUCGCACGUGUACCAGUUCGUGUGUAAGAACUCGUGCGUGGGCGGCAUCAACCGACGGGCUAUACAUAUUGUGUUCACUCUGGAGGAUGCCUUCGGCAGAGUCCUCGGUCGUCAAUCCGUUGGGGCCCGAGUCUGUGCAUGCCCACGCCGCGACUUACGCAAGGACGAAGAAGCGGCGAGAGACACCCUGCGGCCCUCCAAGCGACCAUUACAGAGGGUGGAUACUAAGGCUUCCUGUAGGAAGAUCAAGCUGGAGGUGGUGGAGGGUGAUGACGAUGAUGAUGUGGUCACGCUUCCGGCUGGGAUCCAAAUAUGCGGAGUGAAGACACUGACGACGGGUUUCACAGUGAUGAAGAAUAUGAUGGAACAGAUGGCGGCGUGCAAGAAGAACAACCCGGAGGCACAGGAGAAGCUGCAGAGAUGCAUCAAUUCUAUCAACUCGGUGCUCAGUCAGUACAGCCCGUCGUGAAUUGAACCGUAUGUUUAGAAGUAUUAGGUUGAUUAUUGAUAAAUCUAGUUUUUUAUUGUAAGAUUAUGUGACUGUAUGGUUGAAGAUAAGAUUUUCGUCUAAUUAUUGGUUGUCUAUGAUUGGACACUGUCAAAUUAAUGGUGGUUACGUUUUUUUUUUAGCUAAAAACCACUAAAUAUCUUGGUUCUAUUGUUUUGUUUAGUGUGUUGCCAUAUGCAUUUUUUGUCUAUGGUGACCGCCAUCAUUGAUUUGACGGAAAUGUGCUUUAAUUUUUUACUAAUUUUAAUAAUUAUGAUUCAUGUUUUCCACUAUUUUUGUUGAUUAUGUUUUAUUUCUUACUUCGUACACCUCGAGAUUUUAACAUCACAUUUAGAACAAGCCUAUAAAAAUAGAACAAGAUUUCAGCUUUAUAUUCCUUAUAAACAUAAUUAAAGUUAUAUUAUACAUAUUAUAAUAAAAUUACAUAAUCAGGUUGAAUCAGAACUUAAAUUUUCGCAUCAGACUAUCAUUUAGUACGCAAAUCAUAACGGAGAAUUCAAUAAUAUUAUUUAAGAACUUAAUUGAAGGUAUUUUUGGGGCGAGAAUUUAAGUUUUGACCGGAAUAAAUUAAAAAACAUAUUUUUUACCAGUGUCGAUGUUUGUUGUUCAAUGGUGCUUAGUUUUAAAAUAUUGUUUAGCUAGUAUUUCUUACCUAUUAUGAAUAAGGACGAUUACGAUUAGAUUAAGUACAAUAUUAGAAUUAAUAUUACGCGCUAGUUGAAUCAAAAACAUAUUCAUUAUCAUUAUACAGUGAGACAUUGUAAGUAAUUAUUACAUAAUGCCAACAUCGAGAUUUCAUUAAUCUAGUAUCGGUACUAUUUUGUCUUCAUUAUUCGACAUGUUACUAUUAUUUUAAAUUUUGUACUUAAAUAUUUGCUACCAGUGUUUGGAAUGACCACCGAUUUUUGACUACCUUAACUGAGUUUGGCUCAAUUUUUAUCUUUUUCAUAGUGAGUAUUUUGUAUUUUUUGUCAUAAAUAUACAUUAGUAGGCUAUUUUAGUGACUAAGAUGAUAGUCAAUUAAAACUGAGUCUUCAAGACUGCAAUGUGCCUUAAAAUCAUAGUUCAUUAACUCAUCUGAUGGCAUUUACUGAAUCUAAGGCUAACUAUGUUUAGUUUUAAGUGUAGUUUUUAAUUGGCAAUGUUAUGUACAUGUGCUUCCAAAUUAAUUACAGAAAUAUGU